CACAGAAUAGUUCGUAUGUGGCAGUUCGGUACGGAGACGCUUCUUUGCCCAGAAACAGUGUUAACAAAUAAAAUAAAUUGGAAAUGAGCGGAUUUCAUCCAAGAGAUUUGAUACGAGAAAUCAAAUGUCGUCCCGGCCUUUACAAUAGAGAUUUGUUGGACCAUCCAAAGAGGGAUCACAAACAUCAACUUUGGCUGGAAGUAGGCGAGAAGUUGACACCACCUGAAGAUUGGCAAUCAUAUACGGAUGUGGAAAAAGACGCUAGAGUUGACGAAAUCCAGGCUAAAUGGAAGCACUUGAGGGAUCAUUUUUAUAGGGAAAUUAAGUUGAUCAACUCAGGCGGAGCACAUAAAAAGCGCAAAUAUGUUUACUUUGAUGAUAUGGAAUUUAUGCGAGAUUUUGUCGGUUAUAAAAUGCCACCAGCAAGCAAUUCAAAAUCCAAAUAUAAUGACACAUUAGACGGGGACAAUUCCAGUUCUUAUAUGGAAGACAACGAUACCGACGAAGUCAUGGAGGAAUUACUUAAAGCCAACGACAAUGCAGAAGAUGAAAACUGUGAAACACCGGAGCCACGUAGAAACCUAAGGCGUUCGGUCAAGCCAACACCAAAAAUGCAGGCGCAAAAGACAACACCAGCAUCACCGCCAAAACUUAGUAAAACUCACAAAGAAGUUAUUAAGAAUUUUGAUGGUUUAAAAAAACCCAAUGGACAAAACGCGGGAGUUGCCACAAGUUCUGGCGGUGCAGCUUCGGCACCAUCUUUUAGAAUACGUGAUGGUGAUAUCUCGUUCUGCCUGUCGCUCGUACCAACAUUUAGGAAAUUAAAUGAAAGCGCCAAAUUAAGGGCCAAAAUAGAAACCCUCAAAAUAUUACAUAAAUUUGUAGAGCAUGCGGAGAAAAACAAGAAUGCUACAACAGCUGAAACAAGAGCUCCGGCUGGGACAAACCUUAGCCACGAAGAUGAGGAACAUGACAUGCAGGAGGAUCAUUUGGAUGAGCUAGACGAUUCAAUUAAAGUGAAACAUGAAGAAGCCGACGAUCCCCUACAUGGGUCCAGUGGCAACACUAAGGCGUGGUGGACUUAGAUUUUAUGAUAGUUUUUUUACUUCUUUUAAGACGAAAAGAUCAUUAUUGAAAUUACUAUGACUUUCUAUGGGCAAGUAAAUACUUUUUUAUCCUUGGAAUAAAGUUGAACAGUAAAUAUUCACUUACACAUAACCGUUAAUUACAGUAAAGUAUGUAUGUAUAUUUUUUAAAUAAAAAAAAAAAACAAUAGAACAAUAA